GCUUCUUUUUCUGUUGAGGAAACAAAGCAGCUCUGGAGAGAUGUACUUCUGCUAGGCCAUUCAGUCUAAGAAUGGAAAUAUGUUUUUUGUCAUAUUUUGGUGACUCUGGAAAGGAGAAACCCUGUAAGAAUAGUUGAGAGAAGGACUGACUGUUUAGUCCAGUAAGCAAAGUAGAGAGAAGUCGUUGAGAAAAGAAUUCUAAGGAGAAUUCAAAAGGCAUCCCUAAACUCAUUAGCUGAAAAUCUUAGCUUUGAAGUCUGGCAGAACAUAUAUCUAACAAUUCACAGUCAUUUGUUGUGAUAUUUGACUGAGAAAACUGAAGACAGAGUUUCACAGCAGUUGUAUGAGAUGGCUCAGUUUAAAAGGGAGACUGAGAUGCAGGUGACCCUGAAGAUGGCCCCUUAACUAAGAAGUUCUUUCAUUGAGCAGCAAAAGGCAGCUAGAUCCAAAGUGAGAUCUGGGAUUGCCCUGUGCAACAAGCCUGAAUCAAGAGGCAAAGAAUGCAAAGACUCAGUAAAAUGGAGUUAAUCUCUUUUCAAAUUGAAAAAGAUGAAAAGGGACUGGGAAUCCUUAUUCGUCUCUUCUAUGAUCCAGCAGACAAGGAGGAGAAGGAACCAGGUGUCUUUAUCAUGGAAAUUGUCAAAGGAGGAGCAGCCCAUAAAUCUGGAAAGUUCCAAUUAUUUGACCAAAUCAUUAAUGUCAAUGGUACAAGUCUAAUAGGAUUAACCAAAGAAGAAAUUGACUCUACUUUUAAAAAAAUGGAACAUAGUGUCUGGAUUCAAAUUGGACGAGAGUCACCUGAGAACACCAAGCAACUCAUCAAACACUUAAUGAAAGAGGAAGAAAGGAAAAGAGGUUUCCUUGAUUCAGCGAAACAGGAAAGAGGUGAAACUAACAGAAUUACUGAAAAGGAAACCCCAAAUUAUGAAGCUUCAACUCUGGCAUCACUCUGGAGAAACAGAGAAAUCGAAUUCAAAAAAAGAGAACUAGCAACAAAAAGUGCUCUGAAAAAAAAAGUUCAGAAAGAUACUGAAUUCCUCAAAACAGCAUAUGCCACGAUCGCAGAAGCUGAAGCUAAAUUAUCAAUAUAUGAAAAGAAAAACAGAAUUAGGAUGGACAUGGAGCCAAAGUUGGAAGAAAAAGAAUAUCCACCCAUAAACUCUUCCAGAGGAAUGAUAGAGAUCCAUGAAUCUUCCAAUUUGGAUGCAAAAAAUAAGAGAACAUCACCUAUGCAAAGAUCACUACUGGUAAAGGCUGCAAGAAGGUUUGCAAGAUGGUUCCGGUAAUACUUCUGCUUUUGCCUUUUAAUAGCAAAAUUAAAACUGAAUAAAUAAAAGUUUCUUCCUGCUUGGCAUU